UCCCAAAUCUGGACGUACGUGGUAUAAACCACGCCACUAGUCCUGUACAGUCCUCAGCCUCGGCGCUGCCAUUGGCGUUUCAGAGUUUCUACGGAGAGAUUUUCCGAGGGUUUAUCGAUCUGAUUCGCGGCGGCGAUGGACAUUUCGUCGGCGUUUCUUUUCCCGCCGCCUCCUUCGACGUUUGUGAACGUGAUGACAGUGGUGAGUUCGACGGCGAUGGCGAUGUCCGGAUUUUCCGAGAUGAACGGAAAGCAUUUGCAGUAUUCCAAGUUCUGGAACGCGAAUGGUGCUUCGAAAUCUUCAUCGGAGGAAUCUAAGGUUUCGUCGAAAUACGGAAUGCUCUUGGCUUAUACUCCGGCGUUUCUCGCCGGAGCGGCGUCGUUUUGGUUCUUUCCGAGCGACGAUGGAAGGAUUCUUCUCCUCAAAUCUGCUCUCACCUUCCAUUUCUUCAAGAGGAUCUUUGAGGUACUGUUUGUUCACAAGUACAGCAGCAAAAUGGUAUUGGAUACAGCAUUCAAAAUCUCUCUCAGCUACUUCCUCUCCACAGCAAUCAUGAUCUACACUCAGCACCUCUCACAAGGGUUUCCAGCGCCAUCCAUUGAUCUGAAAAACAUUGGAAUUGGUUGCUUUGUGAUGGGCAUUAUUGGGAACUUUUACCACCACUAUCUGUUGUCCAGAACCAGAGGAAAGGGGGAGAAAGAGUAUAAGAUUCCCAAUGGAGGUCUUUUCUGCCUUGUCAUCUGCCCUCACUAUCUGUUUGAAAUAAUUGUGUAUUUUGGGUUUGCUUUCAUCUCUCAGGCAAUCUUCCCACUGUGCUUCGCCACUGGCACUGCUUUGUACUUGGCCGGGAGGAGCUAUGCCACUAGGAAAUGGUAUGUCUCCAAAUUUGAACACUUCCCCAACCAUGUCAAAGCCCUACUACCUUUUCUCUUUUAGGCUUUGUUUUUAGUUCGAAAAGGGGCGGAUCGAGAUUUGAAUCUUUUGACUUCUUACAAAGUUACUUAUGUCAAAGCCCUGCUCCAUUUUCUCUUUUAGGCUUUGUUUUUAGUUCGAAAAGGGGCGGGAUCAAGAUUCGAAUUUUUUGACUUCUUACAAAGUUACUUAUAGCGGUCUUCUUGGGUGAAGUUUGGGUACAAUUUCGACAUCAUAUCCGUAGUUAGCACAUUCGUCAUGUAACUAGUCAAGUUGUGCUGCUCCUUCUUGCAGUUUAGACUUUUCUUGGUUGUUCUCUUUGUCUAGGGACGGCAGAAAUAUAUUAUAUUAUUAGUUGAUAGUUUACCUCAAAUUAAUAAAUUCGUUCCUUUACUUCAA